CCGGCAGUGACAUAAGGACCUGACGCCAUUUCCGUGUCUAGGAGCUGGAGUGUCUGGAUGUGAAGACUGAAACAUCAUGCAGUUCUAUCUCCUGUUUCCUCUCUUGCUGAGCUGUGGACUUGCUGUUGGCAAGUUUGAAGACUUUGAAGACACCGAUGAUAUUGCUGAUUAUGAUGACAAUGACUUUGCAGAGUUUGAAGACACAAGUGAGGAUGUACCCCAGGAGACCAUCCAGAAGGUCACUACUGUUCAAGAUGAUGAGGAAGAGGCAACUGUAGAAAUGGAGGAUCAGGAUGAAAACCAGGAAGAUUUUGAGGACUCGGAUGUGGCAGGAGAGGGCGAUGCAGAAGGAGAGCCAUUUGAUGAUGAAGAAUUUGAAGGCUACGAAGAGGUGGACAGACCUUCCAGCAGAAGCAAAGAUCCGAUUAAAAUUGUAAAUGUCCCACAUCAUCUGCAGAACAGCUGGGAAAGCUACUACAUGGAGAUUCUGAUGGUGACAGGCCUGUUGGCUUACAUCAUGAACUACAUCAUAGGCAAAAACAAAAACAGCAGGCUGGCGACUGCGUGGUUCAACUCUCACAAAGAACUGCUGGAAACUAACUUUUCCCUUGUUGGAGAUGAUGGGAUCAAUAAAGAACCCAUCAGCACAGGAAAACUGACCCAGGAAAAUGAACAUAUCUACAACCUGUGGUGCUCGGGGCGUGUGUGCUGUGAGGGAAUGCUCAUUCAGCUGAAGUUUUUAAAACGGCAGGAUCUAUUAAACGUACUUGCAAGGAUGAUGAGGCCGGCCAGUGAUCAAGUGCAAAUCAAAGUGACAAUGAAUGAAGAAGACAUGGACACCUAUGUGUUUGCCAUCGGAUCACGGAAGGCCAUGGUCCGCAUGCAGAAGGAGAUGCAGGAUUUGAGUGAGUUCUGCAGUGAUAAGCCCAAGUCAGGGAUUAAAUUUGGGCUUCCUGAUUCGCUCUCUAUCCUGUCUGAGAUGGGCGAGGUAACCGAGGGUAUCCUGGACAACAGAAUGGUGCAUUUCCUGUCAAGUCAUGCUGACAAAAUUGAGUCUGUUCAUUUCUCGGACCAGUUCUCUGGGGCUAAAAUUAUUCAAGAAGAGGGCCAGCCCCUUAAGCUGCCUGACACUAAAAAGACACUACUGUUUACAUUUAAUGUGCCUGGAACCGGCAACACUUCUCCAAAGGAUAUGGAGUCCUUGUUACCGUUAAUGAAUAUGGUUAUUCACAGCAUUGACAAAGCAAAGAAGUAUCGUCUGAACAGAGAGGGUAAAAUAAAAGCGGAUAAAAAUCGUGCUCGUGUGGAGGAGAACUUUCUAAAAAUGACACAUGCACAACGUCAAGAAGCUGCACAAACACGCAGGGAAGAGAAGAAGCGAGCAGAGAAAGAAAGGAUCAUGAAUGAGGAGGACCCAGACAAACAACGGCGGCUUGAGGAAGCUGCUCUUCGCCGUGAGCAAAAGAAGCUGGAGAAGCGUCAGAUGAAAAUGAAGCAGAUCAAAGUGAAAGCAAUGUAGAACACCAGAUACCUGGACGAGGGGAGGGGGCUGCAUCCUUGCAGGAGCUUAAACCUACAUCAGAUUGAAAUGCUUGAUUUCAUGGGGGGUGGGGGGAAACGCAGAAAAGUAACCUCAGGGCACCUAGAGUUAAUCAGCAACUUAUACAGCAGGUUCCACGCCUGCCAUUUUAAAACAUCUUCACGAAAUUAAUUUUCCUCCCUCUUACUCUAAAUCUCAACCUGGAUUCUGCAUGAAACUCGACAGAGUUGCAUUGGGACUAGAUGUCAUCUCAUCCAACCCUACUCCAACUUGCUAACUUCAAACAGGACUGGAUAUGAAGCCUUGACAAUCCAAAGUAUGGAGUUUAAGCUGGUGAUUUACAGUCUGCGACAAGCCAAACAGUAAACUUUAUUAGUGAGUUUACUGUGGUGUUCGUGGAUGGGUAAUUCACUGAUCCAUGGUUUUAUCUCUCAAUUUCCUCCAGAUGGUCAUCAAUGCAGACCUCAUUUAGGCUUAUCUCAGACUGUUAUCUACAUCAGUUUGCGGAAUUAGAUUACUGAAGGAUCUAAAUUCCCUUGUUGGCUGGUAGUGAAUUGGUUUGGCAAUACAGGCUGUCAUUUUCACAGCCCAACACUAAGGAGUAGCUUAAGAGCUUUGGUUCAAGUCUGUGUUAGAUACACUGAAAACACUGAUUGGGGAAAUCACAACAGGCAAAAAUUCCUGUCGGGACCAGGUCUUGGUGAUAGAAAGUAGCACUCAACAAGUUGUUUGAUGGACUCAUCACUGAUCAAAGCUGACUUCGCGUAGGGCCACAUUAGGAAAGUCCUACAUAUGGGAGGAAGAAGUUUUCCAGAGAUUCUGCACCUUUGUGUCAAAACCCUUCCUCUAUGUCCUCACUUGGCUGGAAUUUCACAUUUGGACUUCAGGCAAAAGCAAGAUUAGCUAACAUUAAACAGUCAACCAAUAUGUCUUAUUUGUAGGAAGAAAAGUCACAUAAAACCAUAGAGUGAACAUAAUUCCCACAACCAAACCUUAUGCCAGUGUCUGCUUUAAAUGUAGACAAAAAGGGAGAGGUCGAAAAGUGUCCUCCUGGUAUGUGGUGGGGAUGUUUCUGCUGCUACAUUAGGUCUGUCUUCGAUUAAAGGUGAUUAACAUUUCCUUUUGGAUACAUGUCAAAAUAUCCGUUUGAACAAUGUUGGAACUGCCUCUGAAGCACUUAAACAAAGCAGGAGGUGUUUCUGCUCUCCUGAAAGGGUGAACUUCUCCCCACUGCAACCACUAUGGUACACUUCCCAUUCAACCAGAAUCCAGUGAUAUUUAGGAAUAGGAUUUUGCAUGUUACCAUGGAAAUAUCCCUAUGAAGGCAUGGGUGCCACUCAAUAAUGCAGGAGCCUGGCCACCUUUUUUUAAGUACUCAACUCUUCAUCUUGUGAAAUCAAGAAGAAUCCCAGUGAUGAACAAGGUCAAUUUGAGAGUUGGCAGUGUUCCGGAUAUUGUUUACUGACCUUUCUGCCUCACAUUGGCUCCACUGCUAGGGCUGCACUCCAUGUGGACCAACAGUGGUUUUCAACAGCCAGUAAAAAUACUUGCAUUGGGAAACUGCUGGCUGAAAAAUAUGUGUAUUAGCAAGUGUCACCCUUGCUAAUUGAGGCAAUCCUGUCAAGCAAAGGAGAAAUGUAUACAGUGGCACAUUUUAAAAAUUGCAGGAUUUGCUGGAAUUUUUGGGUAUUGUUUGUCCUUGUUACUGGGCACGCUGAAGUGAAACAUGAAGGCUUACCUUUAGGAUGAGGUGUGCCAAGUUUACUGCCUGUCUGACACUAUCAGUCAGACAACUCCUUAAGAUCUGCCUUUUGCACGUUAUCAUUCAAUCCAGUGACUGAACAUCUCACUGAAGCAGGAGUUCUGGAUAUAAUACCACAUAUUUGGCCCCAGUCGACAGGAAUGUGGAAAUUGAGCAUGUUUGCCCUGUGACUGUUUUCAUCCCAGGACAGGAUUCUACAGUUCUGUUCCCACAAUAAAUGCAUUAUUAAUUUUGCAUGUGGAAAAUUGAUAUCUGACAUUUAGUUAAAUGAGAUGUUUUCAUGUUCAGCUAUGAAUGAACACCCAGCCCAGGACAUUUCUGAUGCACAUUCUGUGUGGUGAGCUUAUAUUUAUAUUCAUAUUUUAAUACACCUCUUUCCUGCUCCAUGUAGCAAAUAGGCCACAACUGGGUAGGCUGUGAAUGCAAACGUAGAGCAGGAAGUUGGCAAGAGUCAGGUGAAAGAUAUGUCUGGGCAUCAUUGCCAGGUUCCUACCCUAUUGAAGAACAUUUUGUAUCCAAUAACAAGAGUAGACCAUUCAAUCCCUUGAAUUUUUUCUGUUGUUUCAGCAGAUCAUGGCUGGUCUGUACUUUAACUUGACCAUACCUGCCUUAAUAUCCUUACCUAAUUGAUCUUUGUGUUGCCAGUAUGGGGGAAGAGUUCCAGAUUUCGACUACCAUUUGUAUGAAAGUGUACUUCCUUAUUUCACUGUCAAGAUACCUGGUGGUGCCCAGGGACUGAAUUUUGUAGUCCUAGUAUAUGAACUGAGCCUAAACAUUUAUGGAAACAACAAAGUUAAAUGAUUAACCAAUGAUUCAAUUUUAACUAAAUGCAGUCUGCCUCCAUGAAAUAUGGGGGUGAUUCAGUUAAUUCUACAAUGUCAGAAUACAUUCUACACACUUGUAAUGCACCAGCUUAAUUUUAUGGGAAUGUGUUUGGAAGUUGCGAAAGGUAAGAUAUGUAUGUAAGACACUACAAUUAGUUCAUAAUUGUCCAGUUAGUGAAGCAUGCACAGGCAAGAUGCAUCGACCCGAAGGAACCAGGGUUUCGCUCCUCGUUUUGGCUAGGACGUGGCAGAAGAGAAGCAUUUUGUUAUGAUCAGCUUGUGAUGGGAAUUGGGAAGAAGAGUUAUUAGCGGCUUAUCUGCUGUCCAUUAACCUCUGCUGAUAGAUAUCUAUGAGAAGGCAAUAGUGUGGCCUGCAGUGGUGGUUAUUAAUCUCUGAAUCAUAAUUUAGGUUCAUGUGAAGAUUGACUGUCUGUAUAAUAAUGAAGGACUGGUGGAAUGGUAACAUGGGAGAGUUGACAUUUUUAAGUGGAAGGGUUAAUGUACUCUGCUCUAACAUCCUUGGGAGGGGAUGCACUAUGCAGAAUCUUUGACCUUCUGUUAAUCUGGUUAGUUAAUUUGAGCAGAGUAAUUUUUUAAUAUGGAAAGGGGGAACCCUCUCGGGAUUUGAGCUAUGGAGUGGUGAGUCAAUUCUCAAAGUGUUUGCCAGCAAUUGUACAGCCUUGACUGAUCAAUGUGUUUGUAUUCAUUUGUGGGAUGUGGAUGUCGCUGGUUGACCAGCAUGUAUUGCCCAUCCCUAGUCACCCUUGAGAAGGUGGUGGUGAGCUGCCUUCUUGAACUGCUGCAGUCCAUGUGCUGUGGGUUGACCCACGGUGCCGUAGAGAGGAAGUUUUAAUUUUAGAGGGGAGUUUCUAUUGCUAUCCUGCACAAACGUGUUUCUCCUGGCAUUUCAUGUCCCACUGUAUUCUGUCCUAUACUGCAGAAUAGCAUGAGGUGGAUGGAAGGGAGGGUGUUGGCUGAAUAUUUUUGUUCUCAAGUUUAUUUAAGUAAAUGGAAUGUAACUGAAUCAAUCAUGGAAUGUGUGUGGUGUGCAUGGACUGAAUAAAAACUUUUAUAUUGCACUAGAAA